AUGUCACCUCCUUGGCAAGGAUCAGAUCGGCUACAUGAAGGUAUCAAGAAUUCUUCAUUGAAGUUUAAACUGGAUAGUAAGAUAGAAGUCAUGGUUGGAGUAGACGGUUUACCUUUAUCUAAAAGUAGUUCUAGCCAGUUUUGGCCUAUUUUAGCAUACAUAUAUCCACACUCUAAUUAUGUAUUCCCUGUAGGAAUUUAUCAUGGUAAUGAAAAACCCCAUGACAGUAAUGAUUAUCUUGAAAAGUUUAUACGUGAAGCUAAAGAUUUAACAUUAAAUGGGUUAGAGUUGGAAAAUAUACUAUACAAAGUUUCUAUUAGAGCAUUUUGCUGUGAUGCCCCGGCUCGUUCAUUUCUUUUAAAAAUAAAAGGACAUUCGGGUUUUUCUUCAUGUACCCGGUGUUUUCAAAGUGGUGAAUAUUUGAAUAAUAGAACAUGUUUUCCGUAUUUAGAAAGAGGGUGUCAGUCGAGAACUCACGAUGGUUAUGUAGCUAUGGUUCAAAAACAACAUCACGUUAGAGAAGGUAUUACUUCAAAUUUAAUUGAGCUUCCUAAUUUUGAUAUUGUUAAAUGCUUCCCAUUAGAUUACAUGCAUUUAGUUUUAUUAGGGGUUAUGCGUAAACUCAUACAUCUUUGGAUACAUUCAGGUCCUCUUAAAGUACGCCUAAAUGGUAAAAAAAUUAAUGAUAUUAGUAGAUCAUUAGUAGGUCUGAAAAUCUACAUCCCUAGUGAAUUUUCUAGAAAGCCUAGAAUAAUUCAAGAUGUUUCUCGGUGGAAAGCCACUGAGUUAAGACAGUUCCUAUUAUAUACUGGCCCUGUGGUUUUGAAAAAUGUACUAUCAGAAGAAUGCUAUGAUAAUUUUAUGUCAUUGAAUAUUGCUAUGAUAAUUCUUUUGAGUAAAAAUCAAAGUAAUAAAAUAGAAUAUGCAAAUAAAUUGUUACAUUAUUUUGUGAAAAGUUUCCAAAAUAUAUAUGGAGACCAUUUUGUUUCAUACAACAUACAUGGUUUGUUACAUUUAGUAAAUAAUUAUAAGCAAUUUGGUACUCUUGACUCAUCUAGUUGUUUUCCUUUUGAAAAUCACAUGAAAAUAUUAAAAUCUGCCUUACGAAAACAUCAUCAACCACUACAACAAAUUAAAAUGUGGUCGAUCAUUAUAUUUAACGAAUCAAAUACUGUGGCUGCUGUGCCAAAUCAUUGGUUUUCUAAUGGUCAGUGCGCCUGGCCUAAAUCGCAUGUAAAAAACAAAAGUAAAAUGAUUGAAAUGCGUACACCAUCAAAUACUUUUGAUUUCGAUUUUUUUGAUGCUAGAAGAUUGGCAGCUGACAAAUCCAUUGAGUCUUUAACAGAAGCAAAAAAAAAAGCAAAAAUGGCUCAAAUUACAUCUGAUUUGUCAUCUUCAGAAUCACGCAAAAAAAAAAAAAGAGAAAACAUGAAGAUAUCUUUGAAAAGAGCAAGAAACAUUUCAAAACAACCAAAAAAACUUUCUAGGUCAAAUAAACCCCCUAUUUUUGCAAAUAAUAUUUCAGAUAGUGAAAAUGGUGAAGAUACCAAUGAUGACAGUGAUAUUGACAAAUCUUAUUAUCCAAAUGUUGCUAAAGCAGACAACGAUAAUGAAUCAUCAGAUAAUAGUGAAUCAAUUGCACAUAUAUCUACCAUUUUAAACAAAAAUGACUCUGAAACACAGCUGUUAGGUACAAUGAGUGAAGUUAACGAUUUAGCAGAAGCAGAAAAUAUAAUCUACGAUAUUUCAGAUGUUAACAUUUUAAAUGAGACUAAUAAUGAGCAAUGUACUCCAUCAACAAGUAAAUCUUCAAUAUCAUUUGUAACACAGAAGCCUUCAACUUCAUCUUCUGUUUCUACUCCUUCAGCUGUAAUAACGUCGUCAAAUACUGACUUUGAAAAUUUUGUUAAAACCACAUUAACAAAUUUGAAAUAUGAAAUGAAAAGUUUAUCUUACUCGGUUGAAACCAUUAAAAAUAUGACAGCUCAAGUUAUAGAUUCUUCUCUCCCAAAGCAAACUUUAGACAAUGAUAUUUCUGAUGGAUUUGAAAUAAUGUGGCCGAUAGAAAAUUCUGACGAUAUGGAUAAAAUUGAAAAAUUAUUAGUUGAUAUAAAGAUCAGGAAAAAUCAAGCAAUCAUUUUUUCAAGAUUAGUUGGCACAAAAAUAAAUGAUUCUGUUAGAAGAAUUAUGCAACGUAUGUUUCUUGACAAUUUUAUAAAAGAUUAUUCGUAUGUAGGAUUUAAAGGAAAAAAUAAAUUCCAAGGGUUGAACUGUUGCCGUUUGUUGUUUGAAUCUAUAAGAAUAAAUAAAAAAUUUGAAAUGACUCCAGAUGAAGAAAUAUCCACAGCAGUGUCUAAAUGGAUGGCACAAGCCACCAAUCGAUUAAAUCAAAAGAAGAAAAUAAAAUUAUAGUAAUUUAUCAAUAUUGUACACAGUAUUUUUUGUUAUUGUAUUAAUUAUUC